CAGUAUAAAAACCGUCCAAGAUAACCGGGGUUGCUCGUGCAAGCGUAUCACAGUUCACAAAAGCAGCACAGAGCUAGUCUAGUGGCAGCCAUGGCGAGCUCAGAGCGCGGCGGCGGCGGCGGCAUCCACGUCGUCUUGCUCCCGUACCCGAGCCAAGGCCACAUCAAUCCGAUCCUCCAGUUCGGCAAGCGCCUCGCCGGCCAUGGCGGCGUCCGGUGCACCCUCGCCGUGACGCGGUUCAUCCUCCGCCAGGGCGAGCCGCCGUCCACGGGCGCCGUCCACGUCGCCGCCUACUCCGACGGCUACGACGCCGGCGGCUUCCACGAGGCCGGCAGCGCCGGCGAGUACCUGUCCCGGCUGGAGUCGCGCGGGUCGGACACCAUGGACGCGCUCCUCCGCGCCGAGGCGGAGCAGGGCCGGCCGGUGGACGCGGUGGUGUACGACUCGUUCCUGAGCUGGGCGCCGCGCGUGGCGGCGCGCCACGGUGCGGCGACCGCGUCCUUCUUCACGCAGGCGUGCGCGGUGAACGCGGCGUACGAGAGCGUGUUCACGGGCCGGGUCGAGCUGCCGCUCGCCGCCGACGGCGAGGAGCCGCUACGGCUGCCCGGGAUUUCCGUCGGCCUCACGCUGGACGACGUGCCGACGUUCAUGGCGAACACGGAGGACAGCCCGGCGUACCUCGACCUCCUGGUGAACCAGUUCAAGGGCCUGGACAUGGCCGACCAUGUCCUCGUCAACUCCUUCUACGAGCUCCAGCCACAGGAAGCGGAGCACAUGGCGUCGGCGUGGCGGGCCAAGACGGUGGGGCUGACCGUGCCAUCGGCGUACCUCGACAACCGCCUCCCGGACGACACGUCGUACGGCUUCCACCUCUUCUCGCCGACGACGGAGACGAAGGCCUGGCUGGAGGCGAGACCACCGCGCACCGUGGCGUACGUCUCCUUCGGCAGCGUGGCGACGCCGAGCCCGGCGCAGAUGGCCGAGGUGGCGGAGGGUUUGUACAACACCGGCAAGCCCUUCCUCUGGGUGGUGAGGGCAUCGGAAACCUCCAAGAUACCGGAAGGCUUCGCCGCCAAGGCGGCGAAGCAAGGGAGAGGGCUCAUCGUGACGUGGUGCCCGCAGCUGGAGGUGCUGGCACACCCAGCUGUGGGGUGCUUCGUGACGCACUGCGGGUGGAACUCAACGACAGAGGGGUUGAGUGCCGGUGUACCAAUGGUGGCGGUACCGCAGUGGUCAGACCAGACAAUGAAUGCCAAGUACAUUGAGGACGUGUGGCGUGUUGGGGUGCGGGUGCGGCCCGACGGCGAGGGGGUGGUGAGGAAGGAGGAGUUGGAGAGGUGUGUGAGGGAGGUGAUGGAAGGGGAGAGGAGCAAGGAGUUCAUGGAGAAUGCUAAUGGUUGGAAGGAGAAGGCCAGAAAUGCCAUGUGUGAAGGUGGCAGCUCCGACAAAAAUAUCGUCGAGUUCAUCGCUAAGAUUGGAGUGGACCGAAAAUUUAAAUGAUUGAGACAGGUGGAUUCGUCGGCCAUUGGUCAUGUUUCCUUUCUCAUUUGAUUUCACUAUCAUGUUUUCAGAUGCAAUAAUAGUCGUUAUCUGUCGCUCUAGUCUUUCUUUUUCUAGUAUAGGAUCAAAUAUUUGCGAUAUCUUUUUCCCACUAUAUUCAAUGAAAUGGGCACAGUCGGAUGCCGAUUCGUUAAAAAAAUAUUUUACGAUAUGUAUAGUAAAAUAAUCAGUCAUCAGUCAAUGCAUUAAUUGCAUAGUUGUUCAA